UUUUUCUCUAUCAGUUUUCCUCCUAAUCCAAAAGACACGUUCAGGAGCGCUCGCACUGCGCGCCGCCUUAUCGUACAAAAUCUCCGGGACAGAUAGUGACGAGCUGUCGCCGCCUUCAGAUCGAGCAAGAUGGGUCUGCUUUCGCUGUUACGCAAACUGCGACCGAAUCCAGAAAAGGAGGCACGAAUUCUGCUCCUUGGCCUGGACAAUGCGGGCAAGACCACGAUUCUGAAGCAACUGGCGUCGGAGGAUAUAACAACGGUUCGUAUGAAAAAGAAACAGAAGCGUUUCUGUUUUUCCCCAAAAAUAAGGAGUGAACCCCUGCAGGUAACACCCACGGCCGGGUUCAACAUCAAGUCCGUGGCAGCCGAUGGCUUCAAGCUCAAUGUGUGGGACAUCGGCGGCCAGUGGAAGAUUCGGCCCUAUUGGAAGAAUUACUUUGCCAAUACCGAUGUUCUGAUCUACGUAAUUGACUGCACGGAUCGUGCCCGCCUGCCGGAGGCUGGCAGCGAACUAUUUGAACUCUUGAUGGACAAUCGCCUGAAGCAGGUGCCCUUGCUGGUGUUUGCCAACAAGCAGGACAUGCCCGACGCCAUGACUGCCUCCGAGGUGGCGGAGAAAAUGAGUUUGGUUCAGCUGCAGGGGCGCACAUGGGAGAUCAAGGCCUGCACGGCUGUCAAUGCCACGGGACUGAAGGAGGGCAUGGACUGGGUGUGCAGGAACAUGAAGAAAUAAUCUAAGCAAUCCGCUACGUUGUGUGCUACGCUCUAUGUUAAGGUUCGACUCAUAAAUAUAUAUGUACAUCUAGUAAAUA